AAAUUUCAGAAAAUAAAAUUUCCGAAAUAUAUUUCCCUCCUUAUUUUCUCCUUCUUUAAACCCUCCAAUUCCCUCAUUCUCAUUUCCACCAUUUUAUUUUUCCAACGCUCAGUUUCCCUUAAUUUAGAUUUAUUAUUUGUGUUUUGUAAUCAAAUGGCGGGUGGUGGAGCAUCGAAUAAGUCUUCGAAUGGCGGUGGACCUACGAGAGUGAGGAAGAGGGUUGAAAUUGAAUCUGCUAGUGCUAAUGCUAAUGCUGCUACUACUAAUGCUAAUCUUAAGCGUGCUAAGGAUGGUAGCGCUUUUGCUCGUUGUAAAGAAUGCAACAAAGAUGUACCCAUUGCAUUGAUUAACUUCCACAAUUGCAGCCUUGAUGCCAAAAUCAAGAUGAAUUUGGAGGCUCAGGUUGUGGAAAAUCAAACUGAAACAAAGAAACCAGCUGCAAAGAGCAAGGAGAAAUCAACAGAGCCAAAAGCUAAAAGGGAAAAGAAACCUAAGAACCCAAAUGCUCCCAAACGCCCUCCUACUGCGUUCUUUGUAUUCAUGGAUGAGUUUAGGCAGACAUUCAAGGCUGCAAAUCCUGACUGCAAGAGUGUCUCCACGGUUGCUAAGGAGGGUGGUGAGAAAUGGAAGUCCAUGACUGAUGAGGAGAAAAAGCCUUAUCAGGAUAAGGCUGCAGAACUCAAAGCAGCAUAUGAAAAGGCUUUGAAGUCUAACAAUGAUGCUGAUAAUGCCAAUGAUGACGGUGAUGAGCCUGAGAAGGAAGUGAAGGAAGAUGUAGAAGCAGAUGCUGAAUAGAGCAUUUGAUGUUUGAACUAGUGUAACCAUCUUCAAGAUUUUUGAAUUGACUAGUUUUGAACUGAAUGUAAAUUUUGAUCAGUUGUCAACUUAGUUCUACUUUAAGUAAUAUAUGGAAGUUUAUGUUUAA